AAUGGUAUUUAGUUUGUAAAUUAAAUUUGAAAGACAAAACAAAAAAGAAAGAAACAGAUGAGAGAUUAGACAAUGCUUUGUCAUUCUCUCACUGAUCGAUUACAGCCAUGGCUUCGUGAUUACGACCGCCUUCAAUCCUCCGCUCUUAUCCUCAUCUACAUUCAGAUUGGUUGUUCCUUGAUUGGUUCUCUCGGAGCAUUAUACACCGGAGUUCUCCUCAUCAACCUCGCCAUUUCUCUCUUCGCUCUCGUCGCCAUUGAAAGCAGCAGUCAGUCUCUUGGUCGUACCUACGCUGUACUUCUCCUAUCGUCUCUUCUUCUCGAUAUCUCCUGGUUCUUUCUCUUCUCCCACGAUAUCUGGAACAUUUCAUCUGAUAAAUAUGGAACAUUUUUUAUCUUCUCAGUUAAACUCACUCUGUCAAUGCAAAUCAUUGGCUUUUCCGUGAGAUUAUCGUCAUCACUAUUAUGGAUUCAGAUCUACAGGUUGGGGGUCUCACAUCUAGAUACUACGAUUCCGAGAGAAGCUGACUAUGAUGUACGAACUAGUUUUUUGAGUCCAGUCACUCCUGCUGCAGCUAGGCAAUCUUCAGGUUCUGAUGAGGUUUUAGGAGGCUCGAUUUAUGAUCCAGCUUAUUACUCAUCUCUUUUCGAAGAUGGUGAAGAGAAUAGAGUUUCAGUUAUGGUUCAGAACCAUCCCAUUGGUGGCAAUGGAUCAACUUCUAUUUCUGAUGUUUCUCCAUUGAAGCUAUCGAUGGACAGGUCUUUUCAUUCUGUCGAUGGUCAGAAUCAUUCCAUUUGUGGCAGUUUAUCUACUUCUGCUGAUGCUUCUCCGCUGAAGCUAUCCUUAGGCAGGUCUAUUGAUUCAUUGCAGGAGGACAAUACAAGCAGCCAGCUUCUGCCAUUUCGAGUAUGAACAUGACAAUAAGAUUCUUUGGUUUGUUUCUUUUUUGCUCCUCCGGAGUAUACAGCACCGCAUACUCAAGACUACGGGGGAGCAGGCUAUGUACAGAGCAGUUACAGUAAUUACGCGUAUUUUUUUUGUGCGGAAAUAGAAAGCUACCGAUCAUGGUAAGCUAGAAGGAGAAGAAACCACAUUGAUUGAUUUUGUAGUGUUAUUACAAUUCUAUAAAAAGUAGACACAAUUUAGUUUUACCACUAGAGAAAAGUGAUCAUGAAGCCAUUGUCA